UUUGGAGGUAGGAAAGUGACAAGACCAAAAUGAAAAUUGGUAAAAUUGUGUCAAACUUAAAAUUAGUCGAAGUUACCUGUCAGGAAACUAUAAACAGUAUUCGAGCUGACGUGCAUAAACACAAAUUGCUCAUUUUCAAGAACCAGGGUGUUGUCAGUGGUGACAAGCACGUGGAAAUCAGUAAAUGGUUCGGGGAUUUGGAGUCUACGUUUUACAAACAUCCGAAGUCUCCACAUCCCGACGUUUUCAGGGUGUCUAAUGAUGAGUCUGAGGGCUGUACACGGGUCGGACGCACUGGCUGGCACAUCGACGGCAGCUUUAUGGCUCUGCCAUUUUCAUACUCCAUCUACCAUAUGGUGUCCAUACCUAAAAACGGAGAUACAGCAUUUGUGUCGCUGUCAGACUUGAUUGACAGCCUGUCACCAGAGAAGCGGGCACUUUGGGAGAGAUUGUGGAUGGUCAGUGACCGCAGAGAACAAAUGGAUAAACCUCUAAUUUACUCCCACCCAGUCACCAGAGCUCCAACACUGUGUUUCCAUUUGGGUAUGACUGAGGGAUUUCUGAUGGACAAAGGUACAGAAGAGGAGCGAUACACCUCUGAGGGGGAGACAAUGAAGAUUCUAAAGGAUAUACAUCAGGAAAUCGUCAAGGACAACCGACGCCUCAUUUAUUCCCACAAGUGGGAGGAGGGAGAUUUUAUUAUAUCUGAUAACCUGGCUGUAGGUCACGAGGCGACACCCGAGACACAGUACCCCGUGUCUGAGGUGGGGCUACGCAUCCUCCACCGUACCACGAUCAAAGGCACAGCCUUUCCCUCUAAAUCCUGACAGGAAGACGGGUGAUCAGUGACCGGAAUAAAUUGCUUAAAUUAAUAUCCUGCGCUUUGCUAAUUAUUGGAAUACACUGAUGUUGAUGUUCCAACUGGCUCCUUCAAAUUAUAAAACAGUUAAAGAGUCAGAUUUGAUUUUAACAUGAGUCAGAUUUAAUUUUAACAUGCAUAUUGUGUUUUUGAAUAAGCCCUUGCACUGUGAUACUUAAUGCAGUUAUGAAUAUGUUAAGUCUGUACAUGUAUGUGAGAGAGUGUGUUUUAGAACUAUGUUGUAUAUAAAGACACAUCAGCUUUAAAUAAUAGAUCAGGCCUCCUUCAUUAUAUGUAAGAUAAUUUAAGAUAGCUUAGUUAUAAGAGCAUAACUGCCUUUCAUUUUCAUAUAUAAAAUGCAUUGUGUUGCAUCAACCAGCCAAAUGUAUUGUGGUAUCAAACAAAAGGCCCAUGGGGCUGUAUUGCUAUCUUCUAGAAUUAUAAGUGUCCCUUGAUUUAAAUACCAAAUCAGGGAGUCUAAUGCACAAGUGUACAAUGUGCAAUUGAAAACGGACUUUCAGUUAUUAUUUUACUAAAUAGUAUAACACUGUUAUUGAAAUUUAGUUAGUAUUAUUUUACUGGAUAUUAUCACUGUUAAAUUAUUACAUUUGAGCAGACUACUACAAAGGCAUAGCACAGUGUACCAAUAUCAUACAGAUAGAGAUGUCCCGAAGUGCUAAGAUGGCCUGAAUGAUUUUGUGUUUCAGGAUUCUAACUCAAAGGUCAAAGUUGCUGUUGGUCUCACUAACAAGUGUGGCAUUGAAGGCAUUCAAUCUCCAAAUGGGCACGGACCGCUUUUAAUGUCGGCACAUUCUGUUGAUGCAUCUGGUUGUAGUUCUUGAAAGUGAUGUGCCAAUUUAUCAAAAAAGUUGUAAUAAGUUUUAAAUACAAACAGAUCUUUUUAAAUUUUGUCAUUGGAAGGUUUUUAUUGUCACAUUAAAGCAUUUGUUGAAUAUGU